GCGGGGUGCUGGCCGCCGGCUGGAGACUCCGCGGGAGCGCGGCCAGGCCGCCUCGCCCGGGGAGCGGGCCGGGCGCCUCCCGAGCCCGCGGAGCUCUCGGAGGGCGACUGGGCGUGGGCUUCUCCCUCCGGCCAGCUACUGGUGGUUUGUGCUCCGAGUCACGUAAAAAAAAAAAAAAAAAGUCUCCUGUCUGAUUGUCAGAACCAAGCUCAUCUUUGCUAAAUGUCACUGUUUAAAAGGGGAGUCUCAGAAAUCUGCGGAAUCAAAAGUGUGAUCAUCGGGGAAGUCCGUCUACCUUCCCCUACCCCUGCUGAUUUCUCCUUGGAACAAUACGGGAAAGCAGAGAGUAUGAAAGCCUACCUAAAGAGCGCAGAAGGCUUUUUUGUCCUGAAUAAAAGCACUACUGUUGGAAGGCAUGAAGACUCAGACCUUGUUUUAGAGUCUCCUGACAUCGACAACCAUCAUGCGCUCAUUGAAUAUAAUGAGGCCGAGGACAGCUUUGUUCUCCAGGACUUCAAUUCCAGAAACGGCACCUUCGUCAACGAGUGCCACAUUCAGAAUGUGGCCGUGAAGCUGCUACCCGGAGACAUCCUGAGAUUUGGGUCUGGAGGGCUGACCUACGAACUGGUCAUCGAAAACCCAUCCUCGGUCUCCUCCCCAUGGAUGAGUGGCCCGGUACCUUGGCCAAGACCACAGCCACCUGCGGCCACACAGCAGUCGCAACAGUCCCCCCCACCUCUGCAGAUGCCCUUCCCCCUGGGGAUCCGGCCAGCACCAGUGCAGAGGAGCUGGUCCCAGGGGGUUCCCAGGCCCACCAUGGUCCCUCCUGCCUGUCACAAGCGGCCCAUGAGCGCCGGCGGGAAGAUGUUCUCCUUUGUGAUGGACGGCAUCCACAGGCCUCCCAUCAUCAAGCAAGGUAUUCGCUUGUGCUUCCAGUGGUGGUUUUGGGGAUGGCCUUAUAGCCACGCGGUGUGGACCAACGCUGUGGAACUAUCAGAACCGUCAGUGGCCGAAGGGAUUCCCGAGGCAGGACCUUCCGGGGAGAUUUAUGCGGACCAGGACUCAGACCAACAGGAUAAGGAUGAAAUCAUUCUGCUGCUGGGGAAAGAAAUCAGCCGUCUCUCGGAUUUUGAACUCGAAUCCAAAUACAAAGACGUCGUGAUAGCGAACCUGCAGAACCAAGUGGCCAACCUGAGUCAGAGGCUGUCGGAGAAAACCUCCUCCAGGCAGAAGGAGAGGGGUACCUCACAGAACUUCCAGGUUUUGGAUGAAGACAUCGAUGCCAAACAGAGAGAGAUCGAGAGCUUGAAAAGCCAGAUCAGUGCCCUGCAGAAAGGCUACAACCAGGUGCUGUGCCAGACCCUGUCUGAGAGGAACUCAGAAAUCACAUCCCUGAAGCACGAGGGCGAGAACCUGAGGAAGGACAAUGCCGUCACCUCAGGGAUGGUGUCAUCUUUGCAAAAGGAAGUGUCAACAAGGGAUGAGCAAAUUCAGCAGCUCACACAAGAGGUGAACCAACUAAAAAGUGAGAACAAAGAAAAGGAACAUCAGCUUGAAGCCCUCAGCUCCAGAUGCUACAUGCUGAAAGAAGAACUAAGAAAGGAGGAUUCUCAGAAGGAGCAACAGGAAGCCCAAGGGAAAGAGUUAAAACUCUGCAAAAUUCAAAUCCAAGACAUGGAGAAAGAAAUGAGGAAGCUCAGGGAGGAGCUGAAGAAGAGUUCUACUGAACAGAACAUGAUCUCCAAAACGCUGCGAGAAAAGAGUAAGGUUGAAGAGAAGCUUCAGGAGGAUUCCAGAAGGAAAUUGCUCCAGCUGCAAGAAAUGGGGAACAGAGAGAAUCUCAUUAAAGUCAAUUUGGAAAGGGCAGUAGGUCAGCUGGAGCAUUUCAGAACUCAAAUCAUCAAGGCCACCUACGGACAGGUGAAGCCGUUCCUGGACAGAUCCAUCACCGAUCAGCAGUUAAUAGAGAAGAUUACCCAGGUCACUGAGGACAGCAUCAACCUUCAGCAGAAAAAAUGGACCCUGCAGAAGGAGACUCAGCUCCACAGCUCCAAACGGGAGGAAAUCACAGAGAACGUUGAGAAGCUGAAGACAUCUUUAGACAACUGCCAGGCGUGCAUGAAAAUGUCCUGCUGUAGCAAGGACCUGAAGAAGGAGGUGGACGUGCUUCAGAGCCUUCAGGUGAGCCCGCCCGUUUCAGGGCUCCAGAAGGUAGCACUGGACAUCCUGCGCCUGGCGCUGUCCUGGCUGGAGGACACGGAGCGUCUCCUCGGGGACGUCGGGAUCCAGUUAUCCAGCUCCGACGCAGGAUUGUCUCUGUAUCUGGAAUAUCUUCUGAUACAUUACAAGAAAAUUACAAACCAAAGCCAGGAACUUCAGAUCAAGAUCCACAGCUCUCAGGAAGCUCAGCAGUCUUUCAUGCAAGAGAAGCUGCAGGAGCAUCUGGCAGAGAAGGAGAAGCUGAAUGAGGAUAGGCUCCAGCAAGAGGAGAAGCUGAGAGACAGAAUCAAGCAGCUGUUGGAAGAGAAGGAGGAUUUGGAGGAAAGCAUUGCUCAAGAGAAAAACAGAGCAAAAGAAGCAUUAGAAGAAGAACAGAAGAGAGUCCAAGAGCUGGAGAAUCGCCUAACCCGCCAGAAGAAGGUUUGGGAGGAAAGCAUUGCUCAAGAGAAAAACAGAGGGAAGGAAGCAUUAGAAGAUGAACAGAAAAGAGUCCAAGAGCUGGAGAGUCGCUUAACCUGCCAGAAGGAGGUUUUGGAGAGCAGCGUGGCCUACGAGAAAAGGAAAGCAAGGGAAGCGAUAGAGGCAGAAAAGAGAAAAGUUCAAGAUCUGGAGAACCACUUGACCCAACAGAAGGAGAUUUCAGAGAGCAGCAUCGCCUACGAGAAACACAAAGCAAAAGAAGCCAUAGAGAAGGAAAAGAAAAAGGUGCAAGAUCUGGAGAACCGAAUAACCAAGCAGAAGGAGGAAAUAGACUUGAAAGUGCAAAAAGAAGAUGUUUUAAACAAUAAGUUAAAUGACGCACUGGCCAUGAUAGAAGAGAUUCAGAAAACCAAGAUGGCUGAGAGCCUGAAAGCUGAGAGCCUCAGCAUGAAAUUAAAUGAAACGUUAGCCGAACUGGAAACGGCCAGGACAAAAAUGAUCGUGAUGGAGGAGCGGCUGCAGCACACAGUGAAGGCCCUCCGGGACGAACAGGAAGCACAGAAGCACGGAUUUGAAACCGAAGUCGUGGAAUACAAGGAGCAAAUCAGACAGCACUCCCAGACGAUCGUGAGCCUGGAAGAAAGGCUGCGAAAAGUGACCGCACGCCACAGAAAGAUAGAAGGAGAGAUUGCAACUCUGAAGGACAAUGACCCAGCCCAGGAGAAGGUGAUGCAGCGAGAGCCCCCAGCGGUGCCUCCGACGGAGACCAGUGUCAAAGACGAAGUGGGUGACACCUUGAUAGGGGAUCUACUGGCCGCUCAGAAGGAAAUCCUGUCUCAGCAGGAGGUCAUCAUGAGGUUAAGGAAAAACCUCACGGAAGCCCACAACCGAAUGUCAGACUUGAGAGGGGAGCUUAAUGAAAAGCAGAAGAUGGAACUGGAGCGGAACGUGGCCCUGGUCCAGCAACAAAGCAACGAACUAAAAGCGCUCAAGGAAAAGAUGGCGCAGCUGACUGGCCUGGUGGAAAAGAAGGACAGGGAGCUGGAGGUCCUCAAGGAGGCACUCAGGACCUCUCAAGAGAAACACCGAGUCCAGCUGCACAAGGAAAAGGAACAGAAGCCCAAGAACAUGACCCAGAUGUGUGACAUCUCAGUGCAGAUGGAACCCGUCCACACUGACAUUUUCUCGAGCAGUCAGGAGGAAUCCUUCAGUGAUCUAGGGGCCAAGUGCAAAGGGUCCCGACAUGAGGAAGUCAUUCAGCGUCAGAAAAAAGCCUUGUCUGAACUGCGUGCACGAAUUAAGGAGCUGGAGAAGGAGUCCUCAGCAAAUCAUAAGGACCACCCGAAUGAAUCAUUUCUAGACUUAAAGGCUGUCAGAAUGGAAACAAAUGUCCAGAAGACAUCGGACGCAAAACCUGACGUGCCAGCUUUCUCAAGAAUAGAGAUCAGAGCGCCUCAGAACAGCCCUGUCAACUCAGCCGUCCCGGACAUCAAGUCAGGGAAGAUGGAUGUGGUUGAGGCUUUAGAUCUCAGUGAAAAGUUGUACAUGGACAUGAGCAAAACACUCGGGAGCCUGAUGAACAUCAAGGACAUGUCAGGUCACAUAUCCAUGAAGUACCUCUCCCCCAAAGAGAGAGAGAGAGUCAACCAGCUCCGACAAAGGGACCUCGAUCUGGUGUUCGAGAAGAUCACCCAACUCAAGAGCCGGCUGGAGAGAAAAGAGGAGCUUUUGAGAGGCUACGAGAAAGACAUAGAACAGCUCAGGCAGAGCAAAGUAUCCGUGCAGACGUACCAGUCACAGGUGGCCAAGCUGGAGGACGACAUCUACAAAGAGGCUGAAGAGAAGGCCCUGUUGAAGGAGGCCCUGCAGCGCGUGGAGCUCCAGCUGUACCAGGAGAAGAGGUUCAACAGGGCCAUCAGGCAGCAGAAGGUUGGAGCCAGAAAAGCCACCCAAAAGAUGGACCAAGAAAGGGAGACACCGCAGGGAGAAACAUCCAGCAAACCCAGCCAGAGCCUUCUGUUUUCCAAGCCCGGUAGCAGGAACUAGAAAUGCCAUCCCAUCGGGCCUUGCGUGAUGCUUUGUGAGUCCCGUAUGUGACCCUUCUGUGUCAAAAUACUAAGAUGCUUUUAUAGGACUUUAAAGGUUGUUACCCCAGUA